AUGUUAGCGGGGUUGAUGAACCUCGGGAGGGCCUGCUGGCAGCCAUCGUCCAGUAGGUAUGGGCACUCUGGUGCUGACGCCGUCGGCCGGCAGGAUGGUCUCCUCUGGUACAAGGACAUCGGGCAUCACUUGAAUGGGGAAUUCUCCAUGGCCGUCGUCCAGGCCAACAGCUUGCUCGAGGACCAGAGCCAGGUCGAGUCAGGUCCCCUCAGUUCCCUGGAAUCCGGCCCCCACGGGACCUUCGUCGGGGUUUACGACGGCCAUGGCGGACCUGAGACAUCCCUCUACGUGAACGAGCACCUCUUCCACCACCUGAAGAGUAAGCAACUUCUGAUCUUGUGAUUGUUCUCUUGCAAGAAAAAUAUACUGAUUUUGUCCUUCAUUCCUGUGCGUUGAUAACGCUGAUGCGAAUCUAUGUCUGCUAGGGUUCUCGACAGAGCAGCAAUCGAUGUCCGCCGAUGUCAUAAAGAAGGCCUUCCAAGCUACGGAAGAGGGCUUCCUCUCCCUGGUCGCCAAGCAGUGGCCGGUGAAGCCGCAGAUUGCUGCCGUCGGCUCUUGCUGCCUGGUCGGCGUCAUCUGCGGGGGAAAUCUCUACGUUGCGAACCUAGGAGACUCUCGCGUGGUCCUCGGGAGGCUCGUCAGGGCCACCGGAGAGGUCCUAGCGAUCCAGCUCUCUGUAGAACACAACGCGAGCGUGGAGUCCAUACGGCAGGAACUGUACUCUAUUCACCCAGAUGAUCCUCAGAUUGUGGUCUUGAAGCAUAAUGUCUGGCGCGUGAAGGGCAUCAUACAGGUUUUUUUUUUCUCAUCUUCUUUUUAUUGCUUUAUUUGUUGAUUUAAUUUUGCAUUAAUCAUAGGUGAAAACUAUGCGACAGUGCUUUGAAUCACCAAAUAAAAUGGUCCCGAUGUGAUUUUUUUGUCCGCAUAAAUUCCCUGUUGUUCAUUGGAUCUUAUAAUGCGCGGUGCAGCCCGCAUGCUUCUUCUUCCUCUGCUGUGUAUUGAUGUCGUCUUCGGUUCCCCCCAUCUUGCAGGUUUCUCGGUCGAUUGGAGACGUGUAUCUGAAGAAGGCGGAAUUCAACAGAGAGCCUCUUUUCUCGAAAUUCCGCCUCCGAGAGCCUCUGAAGAGGCCGAUUCUGAGCGGCGAGCCUUCUAUCCAUGUUCAGGCGCUGCAACCAUACGACCAGUUCCUCAUCUUCGCCUCCGAUGGUCUCUGGGAGCAUCUCAGCAACCAGGAAGCCGUUGACAUUGUCCGACGCCAUCCGCGCAAUGUAAGCCGUUGACGAGUCUUUCACUUCCCAGUUGGGUGCAAGAUCGUAAUCUCUUUCUCGGCUUUUGGGCCGGAUUAAAAUACUCGAUCGCCCAUAGUUAACGCCGGCGGGAGCCAGUGGGGCUAAUAUCUCUGCAUGUCCACAGGGUAGCGCCCGGAGGCUCGUGAAGGCGGCCCUGCAGGCCGCGGCCAAGAAGAGGGAAAUGAGGUACUCCGACUUGAAGAAGAUCGAUCGGGGCGUGAGGCGGCACUUCCACGACGACAUCACCGUCGUCGUGGUCUUCCUUGACUCGAAUCUGGCUGGCGGAGCCGCCGCCUCCUCCUUCAGGAACCCGGCCGUCUCUGUGAGAGGGGGAGGCAUCAGCGUCCGACCCAGCUCUCUUGCCCCCUGCGCCACCCUACCCGAGCUGGGUUAA